AUGGCAGAACUUAGAUCUCUUCGUAAGCGGGAGCACCAGAUAGUGAAGGCUUUCGACAGCGUGCAACAUUUUCUCCAGAAAUACGACCAGGAGACUGAUAGCGGGCAAGUGAACCUUCGGCUGCAUGGACUUGAGGAAGAUUUUAAGGAUUUUCUUGUGGUUCGGAGUAAGCUUGAGUUGCUGCUGGAAGAUGUUGAGGUCCAGAAACAUGCUAAAUCUGACCCAGACUUGAAGCAGGAGGCGUUGGAACAUAUGGACGAUGAAAAUGAUCGUAUUAUGCAGGAAUUUCGUGAUCGAUUCUACGCACUGAAGGCGGCGCUUGUGACUUUGCUACCACAUUUCCUACCCCCACCAACGCCACCAUCACAAAGAAGUCCCCAUUCGUCAAUUGCAGGAGAUGAUGUUUUCGGUGUGCACCCAACGCCGACAUUUUCAAAAGUGAAGCUACCUGAAAUCCGUUUACCGUCGUUCAGUGGUAAGAUCUUCGAGUGGGUAACUUUUCGUGACACCUUUCAAAGCCUCAUUCACAACAAUCCUCAGUUGACCGACAUGGACCGUUUCACCUACUUGAGAUCAUCGUUAUCAGGAGACGCAUUGCAGGAGAUUAGUUCUGUGGGCUUGUCAGCCGUAAACUACAACGUUGCGUGGGAAAUGUUAGCGAAUCGUUAUGAAAACAAGAAGUUGAUUGUGAAGGCUCAUCUAGACGCACUUUUCGCUACAGAAGGGCUCAAGAGAGAGAGCUAUGAAAAACUCAACAGUCUCAUUAGCGAGUUUGAGAAAAACCUUCAGAUGCUGGACAAGAUUGGGCAAAACACCUCCGAGUGGAGCACCAUUCUCGCAUACAUGUUGUGUUCUAAGCUCGAUUCCGCCACGCUGCGGCAGUGGGAAACUCAUCACAAUUCAAAGGAUGUACCCACGUAUACUGCUAUGCUCGGUUUCUUGCGCAAUCAUUGUGAUGUACUCCAGUCAGUGGCUCCUGCUAAAUCCAACUUCGUCGAUCAUCGUUCCUCGAAACCAGCUGUCUGUCACACAGUGGUGAAAACGUCAAACAGAUGCGCAUUCUGCAGUGAAUCGUGGCAUCCUGCUUUCCAGUGUUCUACAUUUCAACGGAUGAACGUUCCAGAUCGUGUCGAGGCUGUCGCUAAACACAGACUGUGUCGAAACUGUCUGCGUCCAGGACAUUAUGCAAAUUCCUGCGAAAGUGGGGUCUGCCGUCAUUGUCAACAGAAGCACCAUUCCAUGCUGCAUGGACUAUCCAGAUCCUCCGUUCCACACUCGCAGCCGAAACCUCCGAUACAAGACGAGCAAUCGCGACCGCCAAAGGCUAAGCAACACAAUUCGAACCGACACACACACACCACCACUGCCAGCUCGCAGCGCACAAACAACACAUCUCCAGCCACCAACACGCCCACCACAAGUCAAAAUUAUGUCGCACUCCCCAUCACACCUACACACAACAUACUUCUGUCUACCGCUCUCGUUACAAUCAAAGAUCGUUUUGGUAGAGCGACGCUGGCACGAGCUCUGCUAGACUCGUGUUCCCAGCACUGUCUAAUGACUGCCAGUUUUGCGAGCAAGCUACAGUUCCGUGAGACUCCUACGUAUUUGUCAGUUCAAGGGAUUGGAUCAGCUCGAUCGGUUUCCACCAAAUUAGUUAGUGCAGAGGUCGGUCCUAGGUCUACGAUCAUUUCGCCAUUCACUGAAGAGAUGCAGUUCCAUGUGCUGCCAAAGCUGACUGUGUUACUUCCGACGACGAGUUGCAAUCCGGCCGAGUGGGAUCUUCCGGAUUCGACGUUGAUAGCCGAUCCCAGUUUUCACGAGCCUGGUCCGGUCGAUUUGAUUAUCGGAGCUGAAUAUUACAUGGACUUACUGAAAGAUGAACGACAAAAGGCUACGCCAUCAGGACCGACUCUUACAAAUAGCGAGCGAUGUUCACUGGUGCACGUGUGCUCGACGGCGGAAAUCGAAGAGCAGCUCACAAGAUUUUGGGAAUUGGAGACCUGUCGAACCGCUAGCACCAAUUCCGUCGAAGAAACCACCUGCGAACAGUUUUUCAAGGAGACUACAGUAAGAGACGAGAAUGGCAGAUUUGUUGUGGCACUGCCAAAGAAGGAAUACGUUAUCAGCAAAUUGGGAGAUUCAAGGGCAACUGCUCUCAAACGGUUCAUGGGACUCGAACGACGAUUUGCAGCUAACCCAGACCUGAAGACGCUGUAUUCCCAGUUUAUACACGAAUACCAAACUCUCGGCCACAUGAAAGAGGUCAUCGAUGAUACCGCCGCAGGGAAGACAUUUUAUUUACCGCACCACGCUGUUCUAAAGCCGGACAGUACCACCACGAAACUCCGAGUAGUUUUCGAUGGCUCUUGUCGAACAUCGACGGGCAUUUCUUUGAACGACGGCUUGAUGGUCGGUCCCGUUGUACAGGAAGACCUCCUCAGUAUCACGUUACGCUUCCGUAUCCACCGAUUUGCAAUAGUAGCCGACAUCGCCAAGAUGUACCGAAUGGUUCGAGUUCAGGCAACGGAUCAACCGCUACAACGGAUCUUGUGGAGAGAUUCUAUCGAAGAGCCAAUCCGUACUUUCGAAUUGACGACCGUUACGUACGGUACCGCGUCUGCGCCUUAUUUGGCCACAAAAUGCCUGCAAAGUUUAGCCGAGGAAGGAGAAGAAACGCAUCCAGAUGCUGCUAAGGUGCUCAAGCAGGACUUCUACGUGGACGAUAUGCUCUCAGGUGUAGACGACGUGAAGGAUGGAAGGAAGUUGAUCCAACAGCUGGUCGAGCUUUUACAGUCAGCAGGAUUUUCACUUCGCAAGUGGAAUUCCAACAGUAAGGAGCUCCUACAGAACGUGCCUGAGCAGUUGAGGGACGAUCGGUCGAUCCUAGAGUUAGAUUCGUCUAGUUCAACCAUCAAAACGCUAGGACUUGUGUGGGAACCCAGUACCGACAGCUUUCGAUUCACUAUUCCAACCUGGAACUCCGCGGCUGUAAUCACCAAACGAACAGUGCUCUCAGACGUCUCCCGACUGUUUGACCCAUUAGGUCUCGUGGGGCCUGUUAUUAUUCAAGCAAAAAUAUUCAUCCAAGAGUUAUGGAAACAAGAGUGUUCUUGGGAUGAACCUCUCCUGCCAGAGCUACAGGAAUACUGGCAAGAGUAUCGUAGAAACCUUGCUGGUUUGGAUAGCCUCUCUGUUCCUCGGUGGGUUGGAAUAUCUAGCAACAUUGUAGCAGAGGAGCUACAUGGGUUUUGUGACGCCUCUAAAGCAGCUUACGGAGCCUGUAUUUAUAUUAGGACAGUUACAGAGACUGAAUCUGUAUCAGUGCGGCUGUUGACAUCCAAAUCGCGGGUUGCUCCACUUGAAAACCUGAAGAAGAAAAAGAAAAGGCAGUCCAUACCUCGCUUGGAAUUGUCGUCAGCACUGUUGCUUGCUCACUUGUACGAAAAGGUCGUACAAAGUCUCCGCAUCUUCGUUAGAUCAUUCUUUUGGACGGAUUCGAUGAUCGUUAAGUGCUGGCUUUCGUCAUCGCCAUCAAGAUGGAAGCAAUUCGUCGCUAAUCGAGUCUCCGAGAUCCAGCAUAUCACGAAGGAAGGUACCUGGAAUCACGUCGCAGGUGUAGAAAAUCCAGCAGACUUAGUCUCGCGUGGGAUGAUCCCAGCACAGCUUCAGUACCAAUAUGUUUGGUUUGACGGACCUCGCUGGUUGCUAUUGGAAGAAGCCUAUCGCCCUCAGCCCCGCCAAAUUAGAGAAGAAGACAUUGCAUCAGCUGACUUGGAGGAGAAAACCACCACGUUAGUCCUUCAGGCAAGCACUCCCAGUGAGAUCUUCAACCUACGAUCGUCACUGUCGGAGUUAGUUCGCAUUACGGCUUAUAUUCGCCGUUUCCGGUUCAACGCACAAGCUGUCAACCGCAACUGUAGAAGGUAUGGGCCGAUCACAUCGUCUGAGCUCGACGAUGCACUGCGAGCAUUGGUUCGGCUUGCGCAAGAAGAAAGCUUUCCACAAGAACUUGCUGAUUUGUCCAACCGAACCCACGUGCGGGACUCGUCGCGCAUUGUGUCACUAAAGCCGAUUCUCAAUGAAGGCAUGAUGUGUGUUGGCGGCCGGUUACGACAUGCAUCAGUUUCACCGAAUCGCAAGCAUCCGUACAUUCUCGACCCACAUCACCCGCUGACGAAAAUCGUAGUUACUCACUACCAUCGGAAACUAUUUCAUGCGGGACAGCAGCUGUUAAUUUCGGCAAUGCGAGAGCGAUUCUGGCCAGUGUACACCAGGAACUUGGUGCGACAGGUAAUCCACGAGUGCGUCGCUUGUUUUCGAGUUCGACCAAAGGUUCAGGACCAGAUUAUGGCCGAUCUCCCGGCUGAAAGAGUAACUCCCUGUUCGCCGUUUCAAAGAGUCGGAGUUGAUUACUGCGGACCAUUUUCAGUGGUCUAUCCACAUCGUCGUUGCCGGCCUGUAAAAUGUUUCGUCGCAGUCUACAUUUGCCUUACUACCAAGGCGAUACACUUAGAGAUAGCCGCGGAUCUUACGACGCAGGCCUUCCUAGCAUCGUUGAAGCGCUUCUCGGCUCGACGUGGAAAACCCGAGCUGAUAAUGUGUGACAACGCAAAGAAUUUUGUUGGUGCAAAACGAGAGCUGGAUGAACUUCGCAAGCUGUUUCACAACCAACAGUUCCAGAACACUGUCGCAAAGGAGGCGGCAGACGACAGAAUUGAGUUUCGGUUCAUUCCAGUACGUUCUCCUAACUUCGGCGGGCUAUGGGAAUCCGCUGUCAAAUCGUUUAAGACACUCUUCAAACGUACGAUUGGCUUGCAUACCUUGGUGUACGACGAAAUGCAGACAGUCUUGAUUCAGAUUGAGGCGAUUCUGAACUCACGACCGCUCACCCCCGUUAGCAACGAUCCAGACGAUUUUGAAGCUCUGACACCAGGACAUUUUCUAAUACAGCGACCCUUAAUGGCAAUUCCGGAACCAGAUCUUGGAGAGAUCCCGGAAAAUCGGCUGUCCGUCUGGCAAAGGGCACAGCGAUUCACACAGGUUCUGUGGAAAAAAUGGUCGACACAGUAUUUGUCAAAUCUGCACAAUAGGACGAAGUGGACACGCCAAAGAGACAACAUAUGUGUGGGCACUAUGGUUGUUCUCAAAGAAGAAAAUUUACCUCCGUUGAAAUGGCACCUAGCGCGUGUGACGGAGAUUCAAACAGGUCCAGAUGGGAAUGUACGAGUGGUUAAAGUACGAACAAAGGAUGGUAGCUACCAACGAGCAAUCUCGAAGAUAUGCGUGCUACCCAUCCGCGAUAAUAUUUCUUUACCAACCGAGGAGGACUAG